AUGCCUCCGAACGCACCCGCCGAGGCAGCAUCACCAGCUGCCCCGUCUACCCUCGCCAGCCUCCUCAACUCCAUCAGGAUGGAUCGGCUCAAGGGCAUGCUGUACCGCGGCGGCGGCACCAAGGACGACCGCGACGCUGACCCAGACGAGUACGCGCCCCUGCGCAACUCCAGCGACGAUGUCUCCGACGAUGAUGACAUGGCCGACGACGGCGAGCUGUUCGAUGCCGCAGAGGUGCCCUUCUCCUGGUUCGAGUACGCAAUAUUCGCCAUGGUCGGCGUGGCCAUGCUAUGGGCUUGGAACAUGUUCCUUGCCGCCUCGCCCUACUUCGCCUCGCGCUUCUCCGACGACCCCUGGGCCACGGAGAACUUUCAGUCGGCCAUCCUCUCCGUCUCGACCCUGACCAACCUGGGCUCCAUGCUGGCCCUGACCAACAUGCAGCGCUCCGCCAACUACCCGAACCGCAUCAAGCUCGCCCUGGCCAUCAACACCGCUGCCUUCGCCCUGCUCACCCUCUCCACCUCUAUAUUCACCGCCGUCUCCGCCCGCUGGUACCUGACCUUCCUGCUCGUGGACGUGUGCUUCGCGGCCCUGGCGACCGGCCUCUUCCAAAACGGCGCCUUCGCCUUCGCCGCGAGCUUCGGCCGCCCGGAGUACACCCAGGCCAUCAUGGCCGGGCAGGGCGUGGCGGGCGUGCUGCCCGCGCUCGCCCAGAUCGUGAGCGUGCUGGCGGUGCCGCCGCCCUCCUCGUCGUCAUCAUCCCCCCCUGCACAAGGCGGCGGCAGCAGCAGCAGCACCGACGCCGGCGACGACCCCGUCGGCUCCGCGGCCUUCAUCUACUUCCUGACGGCGGUGCUCGUCUCGCUCGGCACGCUGCUGGCCUUCCUGCCGCUGGUGCGGCGGCACGACCGCCUCGUCGAGGCGCGCAUGGCCGCGUCGCACCCGGACCUGGCCGCCAGCGUGCUGUCGACGCACUCGCACCACGACAUCCAGGAGGCCGAGCAGGCCGCGCGCAGGGUCGUCGGCAUGCGCGCCCUGUUCCGCAAGCUGCACUGGCUCGCGGGCUCCGUCUUCAUGUGCUUCGCCGUCGCCAUGUUCUUCCCCGUCUUCACGGCCAAGAUCCCGUCCACGAACGGUGGUGGCGGCGGCGAGGGGUCUGGCGGCAGCGGCGGUGGCAGCAGGCUCUUCGACCCAGAGGUCUUCAUCCCCCUCGCCUUCUUCGCCUGGAACCUGGGCGACCUCGUCGGGCGCAUCGCCACGGCCGGGCAUUGGAACGUCUCCGUGCGCGGCCGUAUGCCCGCCGUGCUGUUCCUCGUGUCCGUCGCGCGCGUGGGGUUCCUCCCGCUGUACAUGCUGUGCAACAUCCGCGGCCGGGGCGCCGUGGUCCCCAGCGACGUCUUCUACCUGGCCGUCGUGCAGUUCCCCUUCGGCCUGACCAACGGGUGGCUCGCGUCCAACAGCAUGAUAGGCGCCGCCGAAUGGGUCGAAGAGGACGAGAGGGAGGCUGCUGGCGGGUUCAUGGGGCUAAGCCUCGUCGCUGGGCUAGCGAGUGGUAGCCUGCUCAGCUUUACGGCUGCUGGCAUCUAG